CCCCAGCCAUUAUGGAAGAAGCUAUUAGCUUAGAAUGUGAAGAUCAAACCACUUGUUCCACUUCUUCCACCAGCGCCACCACCACUAACACCGUCGCUGCCGCCACCAUCACCAUCACAACUGCCACCUCCUCCUCCCCAUCAUGCUCUUCUCCAACAACCAUCUCAACCAAAUUAGUGAUAAAAAAAGGGUCUAAAAGGGUUCAAGAACCCAAAAAAGACAAUGAGAUAAACAAGAAGGCCAAGAAGAGUAGUGAUGAUGGAAAACACCCGAUUUAUCGCGGCGUUCGCAUGCGUAGUUGGGGGAAAUGGGUGUCUGAAAUCCGAGAGCCGAGAAAGAAAUCAAGAAUAUGGCUUGGCACUUUCGCGACAGCCGAAAUGGCGGCUCGAGCCCACGACGUAGCUGCCAUUGCAAUCAAAGGUCAGUCGGCUCAUCUCAACUUCCCCUCGCUGGCUCAUGAGCUGCCCUGCCCAGCUUCCAAGUCCCCCAAAGACAUCCAGGCCGCGGCUUCCAAAGCAGCUGCCCUAGCCACUCUGAGGAGCCAUGAAGCUGAAAUUGAAUCUGAGCCGAGCCAAGCCGAGCUGAUGGGUUCGCGCUCACCGGACUCCACCAUGGCAUCUCAUGAUAAUAGAGCCAGAGAGUCAUCAAAUUCACCUCUGAGCAACAUUGAUGACCCAUUUUUCGACCUUCCAGAUCUCUUCCUAAACCUCGGUUAUCGAAUCAACGACCUCUAUUACACACCAGCGUGGCAGCUGAGCCGAGCCGAGCCAGUUGAUGAUGAGUUUUGGCCUGAAGAGCCUUUCUUGUGGGCUUGAAGGUGUUUGUUACUACUCUGUAAACAUCAAUCCUCCUUUUUUGUUUUUUUUUUUGUUUGAUUUUUAUUUGAAUCAAUCCUUCCUAAUCUUCCCAUUCAUGUUAUAUAUAUUGAACAUUAAAUUAAUCAAGUUAGUUGAUUGAGAAAAUCCCAUGUAAAUUAGCGUGUUUGUGAAAUAAAACAUUUUGUUAAGUUUUUUAUA